CCCGGCGGGCCAGAGCUUCCUGGCAGCGUUAUGGAGGUGGUUAAGUGUCCGGAGCACGGGGCCGUCUGCUUCUUAAAGACCGGCGUCCGCGAUGGCCCGAACAAGGGAAAGAGCUUCUACGUGUGCCGGACGAACACAUGCGGCUUCGUGCAGGCCACCGAUAUUCCUGUUUCUCAUUGUUUAUUGCAUGAGGAGUUUGUGGUAGAGCUUCAGGGUUUGUUUCUACCACAGGGCAAGAAAGAAUGGAGGUUGUUCUUCCGAUGUGCUAGAACUAAGGCGGAGGGGAAGCGCUGGUGUGGUGAUGUCCCAUGGCAGGAUCCUAAUCCUAAAGGACACUCUGUAACCUGUAAGCCUCAGCUGGCAUCGGAGUCACUGCCUCACCCUCCCAGCCAGCCGAGAAACCCAUUUAGGGUGCUUAACAAGAAUCAGAAAACACUUGAGUGGAAACAGUUUGUGGAAGGAGAAGGUGAGAUAAAGACAGCCGAUAAGAAGCUGAGAGAAAACAGAGAGCAGCUCUUGGAUCAAAAGAAAGAACAGAAGCCCAAAUCUAAAUGCAGGACGGAGAAGGACCCCUCAUCUGACCUGGCGGUAACUAGACAGUCUGGAGGUGACGGGGAAGAACAAGAGGAGAAAACAAAGUUCCGGCCCAAAACUAAGGAAACUGAAGAAAUGGCUUCCAAACAAGACCAUGGAGAGGUGCUUCAAGGAACAUCCAAGGUUCCUCAGAUGUCAGAGAGUGAGAGUCAAGAGGUCCCAAACAAGGCAGAAGCUCUGAGUGAAAAGGAAACCCAUCUUUUGCUGCAGAGUAUUCCUGGUCAGAACCCAGAAAGCAAGGUCCAGAAAGAGGGACACCUCAUCAGGGAGCAGCUUAAGAACGGGGACAAAACAGAUGCCCACAGUGCACAGGCCUCCCAGACAGGGCUAUCUCAGGGGCCUCUCCGGGGGCCUUCCAAGACUUGGAGGUCUACUCCCAAAGCACGAGUAGCACCUGGGCUUUGUUCAGGAUCGGUACACCAUGCCACCUCCAGCAGCGAUGACAGUGAAGAUGAUGGUGUUUCCAGUAGGCCAGGGUCCCCACUUCUCUUUGACUUGACUAUAGACUCACAGAAGAAGGGGAGCCUUCAACAUUCUGACCAGAGUGUGCAGAGACAGACAGCUGCUGCUUCAGGUGUUUCCAAGAAGGGAGAAUCAUCUGACCUGGCAGCCCAGCGUGCGAACCUUACGACACAGCUGAAACAAAAGAAGGGCACCCUGGCUGCAGUGAACAUCCAGGCUCUCCCUGACAAGGGAGAGAAGUUGCUUAAGCAAAUCCAGGCUUUGGAGGACGCACUCAAUGCUCUGGCUCUCUCACCAGAGCAAGGAACUAGGGAGAACUGCAGCCCCCAGGAGCCAGAGCAGAGCAAGGUCAGCGAAACUGCUGCUGCUGGCCCUCUACACUUGGUGCCUCCCCAGCCCCUUCCCAGGCCCCACGUCCAGCCUGCAGCCUCCCUAGGACUAAAGGCCGGCCGCCAGGAGACUCCUGAGGGAGCCAGCCAGUGCUCAGGAGGCCACACGAACGAACAUCGUCUUUAUAAUGUGUGGAAAAUCACGAGUGAAGCCAUUGAUGAGCUGCAUCGGUCACUGGAGUCUUGUCCUGGGAAAACUGCAGUAGCAGAAGACCCAGCUGGCUUGAAGGUCCCCUUGCUACUGCACCAGAAGCAGGCAUUAGCCUGGUUACUGUGGCGGGAAAGUCAGAAGCCACAAGGAGGGAUCCUGGCGGAUGAUAUGGGCUUAGGAAAGACUCUGACGAUGAUUGCACUCAUCCUAACCAAGAAGAAUCAGCAGAAGAGCAAGGAGAAGGACAGAAGCCUGCCUGUGAUGUGGCUUUCCAAGAAUGAUUCCUCUGUCUUUACUUCCACCGGAACACUAAUCGUCUGCCCCGCUUCCCUGAUCCAUCACUGGAAGAAUGAAAUAGAGAAACGUGUGGACAGCAAUAAACUCAGAAUCUAUCUCUACCACGGGCCAAACCGGAUUCGGCAUGCGAAAGUCCUCUCUACAUACGACAUCGUGAUUACUACUUAUAGCCUUCUGGCCAAGGAGAUUCCUACAGCAAAGCAAGAGGGAGAGGUCCCAGGAGCAAACCUCAGUGUGGAGGGCAUCUCAGCACCUUUGCUUCAGGUAGUCUGGGCCCGAAUCAUUUUGGAUGAAGCUCAUAACGUGAAGAACCCUCGAGUACAGACGUCCAUUGCUGUGUGUAAGCUCCAAGCCCAGGCCCGGUGGGCUGUCACUGGAACCCCCAUUCAGAACAACCUGUUGGAUAUGUAUUCACUAAUGAAGUUUCUCCGCUGCUCCCCAUUUGAUGAGUUCAGUCUUUGGAAGAGUCAGGUGGACAAUGGGUCAAUGAAAGGAGGGGAACGGUUGAGCAUUUUAACCAAGAGCCUUUUGCUGAGGAGAACAAAAGACCAACUGGAUUCCACUGGUAAACCUUUGGUGCCCCUCCCUGCACGGAGCUGUCAGCUGCACCGUUUAAAGCUUUCUGAAGAUGAGCGGGCUGUUUAUGACGUCUUUCUUGCAAGGUCCAGGUCAGCUCUCCAGUCCUAUCUGAAGAGACAAGAAGGUAGAGGCAGCCAUCCUGGAAGGAGCCCUGAGAAUCCAUUCAGUAGGGUGGCUCAGGAGUUCGGGUCCGGUGUGCCCCAGCGCUCCACUGCAGCGGACUCACGGAGACCCAGCACCGUCCAUGUCCUGUCCCAGCUUCUCCGGCUUCGCCAGUGCUGCUGCCAUCUUUCUCUGCUGAAGUCGGCCCUGGACCCCAAGGAACUGGAGAGCGAAGGCCUUGUCCUAUCCCUGGAAGAACAGCUCAGUGCUCUGACCUUGUCCAAAGUCGAUGUCUCAGAGCCGUCGCCCACCGUCAGCCUUAAUGGCACAUGCUUCAAGGUGGAGCUUUUUGAUGACACACGAAGGAGCACCAAGGUGUCUUCUCUGCUGGCAGAACUGGAGGCAAUCCAAAAAGGCCCAGGGUCCCAAAAGAGUGUCAUUGUCUCUCAGUGGACCAGCAUGCUGCAGGUGGUAGCCCUGCACCUCAGGAAGAACCGACUGACUUAUGCCACCAUCGAUGGCUCUGUCAACCCCAAACAGAGAAUGGACUUGGUGGAGGCAUUUAACCACUCCCAGGGACCUCAGGUCAUGCUGAUCUCCCUCUUGGCUGGCGGUGUUGGACUCAAUCUGACUGGAGGAAACCACCUUUUCCUUCUUGACAUGCACUGGAAUCCCUCACUUGAAGACCAGGCUUGUGACCGGAUUUACCGAGUAGGGCAGGAGAAGGAUGUUGUCAUACACAGGUUUGUCUGUGAGGGGACAGUGGAAGAGAAGAUCUUACAGCUCCAAGAGAAAAAGAAAGAUUUGGCAAAACAGGUCCUUUCAGGAUCCGGAGGACCUAUCACCAAGCUCACACUGGCUGACCUCAAGAUCCUCUUUGGCAUUUAGCUUCCUCUGCUGGUGCUGGUGUGUACCAGGACCUGGAAUGGUGCUCUUUCCGUGAUCCUGGAGCCUUAGAUCUCACCUUACUCAAAGUGAGGCUUGUUCCUAUGCCAGGAAUUGAGGACAGGUUACCAUGUUAGCAAACCAGUCAGUCAGUCAUGUCUGUCACGUAGCUUGUGUACUGUGCGCCAUAGAAACCAACUGGUUUUUUCAGAAUGAAGCCUGCAUGUUGGUGCAUCCUAUAAUCCUGGCUCUUACGAAGCAAGAAGAUGGGGAGUUUCCAGUUUGGCCUGUUACCUACUCUUUCUCAAAACAAACCACAAGUGCUUUGGAAGCCAGCCAUGUAGUCCUUAAGUCCCUGCACUCAAGAGGCUGAGUUUGUGAGUUAGAGGAUAGUUUAUGCUACAGCGUGAAUUUCAGGCCAGCCUGGGCUACAGAAUGAGACCAGGUCUUAGAAAAACCAAAGCCAGUGAAAGCCUUGGUGUGAGAUGGUCUGGGAGGUAAGUCUGGAAGAACUGCGUGUGAAGCCUUGGUGUGAAGCUCCGCUGUCAUCGCGAGCAUGGUGGCCAGGGCCUAUAGUGCUGGCGCUUUGGAGGCAGAAGCGGGUCUUGAGUCUAAGGUUGGCUGGGAACGGUGAGUGCUUUGGCAGCCUUAAUGACACGGUAAGACCCUGUCUGUCAGACAGCCACCGAGCCCUGUGUUGCCAUGCUUGGAGCUGAUGACAGACCUGGUCUUGUUACCUUGUCUACAUAGGCUCUGUCCUGUUUCCCUGCUGGGAGGCUGCUCCUUAUAAGCCUCCUUGUGAACUGAGAAGAGGGUAGACCCUGAAUCAACCAUUGGCUGCCUGAAUCCAGGCAGGUUUAGGGUCAAGAUAUUCCACAUAUAAACAGAUGUUGAGUAUUAAUCAUGGUGUCAUCUAGCGUCUGUCAUUUAGCCUGUGUAUCAUGGUUUCAUUUAUGUGUAUCUGCAUCAAUGUGACUGUGUCAGUUUCAUCACUGUAUCAUUUGGUAUCACAGUAUUUCUGUCAUAAAUAUUUGCAUUAUUUAAUGUUUAUGUCCAUUUUAGUUGCCAUUGGCAUUUAAUACAGUUGUGUCAUUUAGUUUCUGCCAUUGUACCACAUUGUGUUAUCAUUGGUAUAGUCUUAAUAAACGCCUUCGGCAGUGCAGAGAGGCGAUGUGUUCACCAAA